CCAACACCAGGAGGCAGCUAAAGUAACUGCUGUCCUCGGAGGACUGCUUUUAAGAACAAGGAGGCCUCCACCCACUGCAGCCCAAGCAGAAUCCUAUCCAUCAUGGCUGCCAUCCGGCUACGAGAAUUUUUUGACCGCCGCCCGGGGAUCCCACCCAGUAUAUUCAUCCCCCAUCAAGGAAAGGAUCUCCAAGGCUAUUACCCUGGGCAGCUCGCAAGAGUCCAUUAUGAUUAUACUGUGAAGAGAUCUCCCAGACCUCUCAUAGACUUGGAAAUUCCAUCCAAGAGAAAAAGUCAGUAUCAACCUCAAUUAGACCAACAGACUCUCACUAGAUAUAUUUGUUUUCGAAGACAUUCAAAGCCUGCUGAACCAUGGUAUAAAGAAACCACUUACCAAAGAGACUAUUCUCUGCCAUUUUACAAGAUUGAUUGGGACCAGAAAUUAGCCACCAUUUCAGCAAAUCCUAGACCACUUAAUUCACUGCCAGAGCAUUACUGUCGUGAAGAGAGGUGGCUUUGAAAGAAGGCUUUUAAAAACAAAAUAGCAUGGCAUUUGAACAAAA